UAACAAAGUCAACAGAAGAUACUGAAUCAGUUACUGAUUCACCGACGUCAAUCAAUGAUGUUAAUGAAGUAAAUAGUGAACAAGCUCUGAAUGAAUGUCUAGAUUCAUCUGUUAUUAUUAUUAAUGAUGAACUGGAGAAACAUUUACCUACUUCAUCGAUUGAUAAUCAAUCAAAAGAAUAUUUAUCACAAUGUGCAUUAGUCUGUUGUACGUCACCAACAGUAUAUACACCUACGAAUGAGUUCGAAUUGGAAUCAACUUUGGGAAAAGACAAACGAUCCUGUCGAGCAGCAUGGUUCACUCCGUAUUCAUGGCUUACUUUUUGCAAAACAACAAAAAAAGUGUACUGCUUCUAUUGUCGAGCUGCAGUGAAUCAAAAAUUACAUCAACUGAAUAACUUAUCAAUACAAACGUUAUUGAUAACUUCAGGAUUUUCUGAUUGGAAAAACGCUCUUCGUGCACUUUCUCAACAUAACAGCAGCAGAUUUCAUUCCGAAUGUUUAUAUGUGGUACAACAACAAUCAAAGCCGUCAGUCAUCACACAGCUUGAUACGGUAGCUAAACAACAGCAAGAACAAAGACGACGAUUGUUACUGGUAGAAGUUUCAUCGUUGCAGUACCUUUUACGACAGGGAAUAGCUUUCCGAGGUCACAAUGAGGAAGAUGAAAAUCUAUUCCAAUUAAUGCGAUUGAGAAGUGCCGAUAUUCCAGGUCUUGAUCAAUGGUUAAUUGAUAGGAAGUAUUUGUCUCACGACAUCAUCAAUGAAUUAGCCAAAGAAAUGUCGCUGAUGAUUUUACGAAAUAUAUGUCUCGAGAUUUCGAAACGACCUUUUUUUGCUCUCAUUUGUGAUGAAUCAACUGAUGAAUCGGGGAAAACACAACUGAGCGUUGCGAGUCGAUCAAUAGAUGAUUGUUUUGGUAUACACGAAGACUGUCUUGGUCUUUAUGAAUUGGAGUCUCAAAAUGCUGCACACAUCACAACAGUCAUUCUUGAUGUUCUUCUUCGUUGCAAUUUGAACAUCAAUGCUUGUCGUGGUCAAGGAUACGAUGGUGCAGCAACGAUGAGUGGUAUACAUGACGGUGUAGCUGCUAAUAUUCUUCGAAGACAAAAGAAAGCGUAUUUUGUUCACUGUAAUGCGCAUAAUCUUGAUUUAGCUUUACAAGAUUUAUCGAAACAAUCCAUUGCUAUGAAUGUAGCUAUUAAUAUUACCAAAGAUAUAGUUAAUUUCGUACGAAGAUCACCAAAACGUUUGAAUAUUGCUGAAAGACUCUCUCACGAUUUAUCUAUUAAUUCUUCUCAACUAAAGCCUCUGUGUCCAACUCGUUGGACUGUUCGAGCAGCAUCUAUGAACUCAUUAUUAUCUAAUUAUCAGUUGGUGAAAUCUGUAAUGCAAGAAGUAGUUGAUCAAAAAGAUCCAAGUGCAAUCAAAGCAGCUGGAUGGUUACAUCAAAUGGAGAAUUUUCAAACAUUUUUUGGUCUGAAACUAGGACAUCUUAUUUUCGUGGCUAGUGAAGAAGUAUCAUUCUCAUUACAACGUGUAGAAAAUUCUUUACACGAUGUGCUUUGUGCUGUCAAUUUUCUCAUUGAUUAUCUUAAUCGUAUCAAAUCCGACCGGUAUUUUGGAACUUUCUAUUUAAAAGUGAUGACUGAAUCAGAAUAUUUAACAGAUGAACCACAAUUACCACGCAUUCGUCGACCACCUUCUCGAUUCAUUUCUGAUACCACAAUAAUACCUCAACCACCACAAACAUGUGCCGAUCUGUACAAAAAACAGUAUCAAAAUGUUAUUGAUGAAAUACUUAAAGCAUUGAAUAAUCGGUUUAAGCAAUCUAUUUUUUCUCAAUUAUGUCAAGCGCAAGAAUUUUUAAUUAUGAUUGUGAAUGGUUGUGAUACUAUUACUGUUGAGAAGAUUUGCUCGGAAAUUCAUGAUUUUAUUGUCGAUGAUGUUGAUUGUGAUAGGUUGAAACAGGAAUGUACAAUGAUUUUUGACUUUUUCCAAACAGUUAUUCGUGACAAUGAAAUGGGAAUCAAACAAGUAACAAAAAUAUCGCCGAUUAUUGAUGUAUUCAAUGCACAACCAAUUGGAAAAUCAAUAUUUCACCAAUACAGCCGCCUCUUACAGCUUUAUCUGACAGUGCCAGUGACUACCGCUAUGGCAGAACGCUCCUUCUCUGUGACGAACCGAAUGAAGACAUGUUUGCGAUCAACAAUGACUCAAACUCGUUUAAAUAGUGUGUUUUUGACACAUAUAUAUAAAGAAAAGACAGAUUCUCUUGACUUAAAAAAUCUUUGUUCAACUUUUAUAUCCAAGAAUGAACAAAGAAAGCUAUUUUUUGGUGUCUUUUAG